AUGGAGACGAGACUGCGGCAGGUGCCGCCGGAGGACGACGAGGUGCGAGAAGAGCUCGCGUUGGUGGUGCCAGCAGCGGAGGUGGUGGAGGCGCUGCGGGAGCAGCUGCUGCCGCAACUCCCCUUUGGCCAGGUUUUGAGUGCCUACGUCAAUGCCACCCCGCUCGACACCCUCCGCCAGUGUACCCGCUGGAGCCUUCUGUGGCGAACCUAUGGCGCGGACGGGGAAGGUCAACUUACAGCGGCCUUGUGCCAAGACCUGAGGGAUCGCCGACUGGCGGUGUUCGGCGAGCCGACAGCUGUGGAGACGCUUCUGAUGGCUUGUCCGGGCAUUGCGCGUCGAGACGCAUUUACGGAUACCGGUGAGGGCGUCUUCCACGGCGUCGACGACAGGCUGGACGUGGGCAACAUCAUCUACGACGACCCGUACGACGGUUGGGUGCUCCAGGACGAAGCCGUGUUCAACCAGGUUCAGCUCAAGGCUUUGAGCCCUGGUCUGUAUGAGGAUGUGAUACACGAAGAGGACGCGGAGUUGAUCAACAGCAAAUGGCCCUACAGCUCGGCUACCAGCCUUGCCACCAUCCUGGACUGCAUACGCAGCCGUCCAUCAGCCUGCAUCCGCAAGCGAAAUGAAGAAGGCGAAGACGAGCCGAUUGCUUGGAGUCUCGUUCGAGUUGAAGGGCAAGUUGGGAUGACCUACACGGCAGAGGCUUUUCGAGGGCAGGGCCUAGCCAAGCGCGUCGUCGUGCAGCUGUGCAAGAAGCUGCUAGAGCUGCGAGACCCCAAGCUCAGGUGCUCAACCGGUGACAACCACAGCACGCCCUGGACGCCCUACUGCUACAUUGACGCCGAUAACAUUGCGUCCUCUAGCAUGUUCGCAUCGUUGGGGUUCAAGAAGGUGGGCACCUUCCGGUGGAUCAAGGUCUGA